AUGAGGUCAAUCACCAACCGUGCCCCCAUCAUCCGCAUCGCCAAUGGCACCUUUUACCGGAACCACCCUGGCACGUCCUCACGCGCGUCGCACGCCAACCCGCCUCUGUUCAGCGACCUGACGUUUGAGCUGCCGUCGUCGUCGACGACGCCUCACAACUGGUGCGUGGUGGGGCCGUCGCUGUCCGGGAAGACGACGCUCCUGCAGGUCUUGCGGGGGCGACUCCUCUGCCAGCCACCCAGCGCGCGGUCGUUCCCGUACCUGAGCGACGAUGCGGUGCCUUCACGGCUCAAGACGCCCGACAGGGCGAUAGAGUACGUCGGCUUCGACUCGGAGGGUCUGGGCGGCGGCGGCGGCGGCUCGGGUAGCGUGGCGACGGCGGCGUACCUGUCUGCGAGGUACGAGUCGCGGCGCGAGAUCACCGACUUCUCCCUGCGCGACUUCCUCCUGGGCAACACCCAGCUCAACCCGCUGCAGCAGCUCCCUGGCGAGGAAAAGGACGCUCGGGAGGAAUCCCGGCUGCUGGAGGGCGUAUCGGCAGACCUGAGGUUGGCGCACCUGCUCGACCUGCCCGUCACGUUCCUGAGCAACGGGCAGGGCCGCAGAGCGAGAAUAGCGCGCGCGCUGCUUCGCAGGCCGGAGGUGCUGCUGCUCGACGAGCCGUUCAUGGGCCUCGACCCGCCGACGGUGGCGAGGUUGAGCCCGCUGCUGCGGUCCCUCGCCGAGAGGUCGGGCCCGCGGCUCGUGCUGGCCGCCCGCCCGCAGGACCCACUGCCCGACUGGAUCACCCACCUCAUCUACCUCCGCACCGACGCGCAGGUAGCCUCGAUGGGGCCCAAGGACCUUGUCCUGGACGGGUUGAAGAAGUAUGUCCAGGGCGUCGAGAGGGGCCGGCUGGCCGAGGACGCCACGCUCCCCGUACACGCCCUCGCCGACGUGGGCCGCGUCAUGGCCUCCCGCGCUCCGGCUCGGUCCGCCGCCGCCGCCGCCACCGCAUCCCCGCACAAACUGGAUCCCGCCAACCCGGAGGCCGAACCCCUCGUCGAGAUGGAGGGCUGCAAGGUACGCUACGGCGACAAGGUCGUCCUGGGCAACUGGACCGUCGAAACGCCCAAUGGCAGCGCGAGGGAGGGCCUGGACUGGACGGUGCGCCGCGGCGAGCGCUGGGGCGUCUUCGGGCCCAACGGCUCUGGCAAGACCACCAUCGUGUCGCUCCUGUGCUCCGACCACCCGCAGGCGUACUCGCUGCCUCUCAAGCUCUUCGGGCGCAGCCGCCUGCCGGAGCCCGGAUCGGGCAAGCCCCCGCUCACCAUAUGGGACAUCCAGGCCCGCGUGGGCCACUCCAGCCCGGAGGUGCACCAGCUCAUCCCGCGUCGGCUGACGAUCAGGCAGGUCGUCGAGAACGCGUGGUCGAGCACGUUCCUCACGCCGCCCAGGCUGGACGACGCCGCCAGGGCCAAGGUGGACGCCGCGCUGCGGUGGUUCGCCCCCGAGCUGAGGCCGGGCGGCGCAGCAUCCGACGUCGGCGGUGGCGGCGAUUCUCCCCUAGCCUGGGCGGACGAGCACGUCUUCGGCGGCAUGUCGUUCAGCGCCCAGCGCGUGGCCCUCUUCGUCCGGGCCGUCAUCAAGGGCGCCGACGUGGUCGUGCUUGACGAGGCUUUCAGCGGCAUGGAUGACGCCGUCCGCGACAAGUGCAGCCUGUUCCUCACCGAGGGCGAGCGCAAGACGCACGACCCCACCACUCACCGCGUCGUCGACACUGACGGCAACUCGCCCAUCCACCUCACCGGCCUGACCGACCGCCAGGCCCUCGUCUGCAUCGCCCACGUCAAGGAGGAGGUCCCCCCCUGCGUGCGCGAGUGGAUCUGCCUCCCCGAGCCCAACACCGGUGAGCCGGCGCGGUUCGGCCGUCUGGACGGCCCGCUGGGCGAGGAUGAGCAGCGCUGGCGCGACGUCUGGGGCUUCGAGGCGUGA